GAGAAGUAGGAGCAGGAGGAGGAGGAGAGAAAGCAGAAGGAAAGGAAGGAGGAGGAAGAGGAGGAGGAGAGGAGCUGGGGAGGCGCUCUGGUCGCAGUCAGUGGGCAGCGGAGACGCGGCAUGCCCCUGGCAGGGGAGAGCCGGCUGUCCUCAGCGGGGCCAUGGGGACCCGCGCUCUGACUGUGCCUGGGUGAGAGGAGCCGCGCCAGCCGCCCUGCCGCCUCCACCAUCACCUCCUGCACUCAGCUCACCGCCGGCCACCAGCCCCAGCCUCCGACUGACUCUCUCUCUUUCUCCCUCUCUGCAUUAUUGCUUCCCCCUCUACAGAAGAUGGGGUCGGCUGAUGAUUAGGGCGGAAGCAAGUCAGAUCUUCCUCCAAAGCCUGGUAAUAUUUAUGUAGGCAAAGAGAGAGAGCGAGAAAAGAGGGAGAGGGAGAGAGAAGAAACUGGAGGAGGGGAUAAGGAAAUUCAACCCUCUAAGUCAAUGCAUGUUGUGGUGACACCGGCACAGGAGCCCUCACGGUGGAGUCGGCCAGGGCUGUGCGUUCCCAAAAUAUGACCAGGGGUGCUUGGAUGUGUCGGCAGUAUGACGACGGCUUAAAAAUCUGGUUGGCAGCACCCCGGGAGAACGAGAAACCGUUCAUCGAUUCAGAGAGGGCUCAGAAAUGGCGACUGUCUCUGGCAUCUCUCUUGUUUUUCACAGUCCUGCUCUCUGAUCACUUGUGGUUCUGCGCCGAGGCCAAGCUGACCCGGACCCGGGACAAGGAGCAGCAGCAGCAGCAGCAGCAGCAGCAGCAGCGGCAGCAGCAUCAGAGGCAGCGGCAGCAGCGGCAGAGGCAGCAGGAACCCUCCUGGCCCGCGCUCCUGGCGAGCAUGGGGGAGUCCUCGCCCGCCGCCCAGGCACACAGACUCCUCUCCGCCUCCUCGUCCCCCACCCUGCCCCCCUCCCCCGGAGACGGCGGCGGCGGCGGCGGCGGCAAGGGCAACCGAGGCAAAAACAACCGGGGCAAGGCUCUUUUUCUAGGAAACUCUGCCAAACCCGUGUGGCGCCUGGAGACUUGUUACCCCCAGGGCGCCUCCUCGGGCCAGUGCUUCACGGUGGAGAGCGCGGACGCCGUGUGCGCCAGGAACUGGAGUCGGGGGGUGGCGGCCGGGGGGGAGGAGCAGCAGGUGAGGGGGACGCAUCCAACUCCGCUCUGGAACUUGUCGGAUUUUUACCUUUCGUUUUGUAAUUCCUACACACUUUGGGAGUUGUUCUCGGGGUUGUCCAGCCCCAACACUUUGAACUGUAGUCUGGAUGUGGUGCUCAAGGAGGGCGGUGAGAUGACCACUUGCAGGCAGUGCAUCGAGGCUUACCAAGACUAUGACCACCACGCUCAGGAGAAAUACGAAGAGUUUGAAAGCGUGCUCCAUAAAUACUUACAAUCGGAGGAGUACUCGGUGAAAUCCUGCCCUGAGGACUGUAAGAUUGUCUACAAAGCCUGGCUGUGUUCCCAGUACUUUGAAGUCGCACAGCUUAACUGCAGAAAGACAAUUCCUUGCAAGCAAUACUGUUUGGAGGUUCAGACGAGAUGUCCAUUCAUAUUGCCCGACAAUGACGAAGUCAUCUACGGGGGACUCUCCAGUUUCAUCUGUACAGGGCUCUACGAAACCUUCCUAACCAAUGAUGAACCAGAAUGCUGUGACGUCAGGAGAGAAGCAACCCCCCGCCACCCCUCCGCUGGGCGGGUGGACAGAGGCGGCCCCUGCCCCAGGACGUCGCCCCCAGCCUCCUCGGCCACCAGACUGUGCCCCAGCAGACUCAGACUGUGCGUCCUCGUGCUGAUCCUCCUGCACACGGUCCUCACGGCCUCGGCCGCGCACAACGCCACGGCGCUGGGCCUCGGCGGCAUCCAGGCGCUGGAGGAGCGCUCGGCCAGCGAGGAGUAGGGACCUGGGACCCCGGAGCAUCCGGCCCGCCCGCCGCCGCCGCGCCGCGCGCUGCUGUCCCACGUCACAGCCUGGGUGCUCCCACCUGCCCACCCCUGCCUGCGGGGCCUGGAGGCAGAACUAAGAGAGGAGCGUGAAUCCAAACACGGACACACACACACACACACACACACGCACGCACGCACACACACACACACACACAGCUUUUUAUGGACUAAAAGGCUGGGAAGUGACUUCAAUUUCUCACACCAUUUUAUACACUGUGUUUUAAUGUUUGAAGGUUUUAGUUGCUUUCCUUUUGAUUUGAGUUUAUCUGUUUGUUUCGUUUUUGCACUUGUUAAUACAGGAUUUAUUUGGGGGGACGGUUUCUCAGAGGUAAACUAAGUCUUUUCACUGUCUCUCUCUUUCUCUCUCUCUAGAUAUAUAUAUUUCUAGUCAUCGUGUGUGUUCAUCAGAUAGUUCUGUUUCAUGUCCUGUCAGUUUCUAUUAGCGGAAUGACAGCUAUGACCUCGCGGUAUAGCAAAAAACAACAACAACAAAAAAAAAUCAUAAAAAGUAAAAAAGACCAAAAAAAGAAAAAAAAA